UUCAAUCUUCAUACUUUGUGAGAAAUUCAAUAACUUGUGUUGGAAACAAAUUUUGGUCUGAAAAUCGUUGCAGGGGUAUAAGAUCUGGUAUGCUCUUGCUCCGUCGUCUCUGAUUCCUUCUCUUUCAACUGUACACAUGGAUCCCAUUCAGCCCGAGGGUGAAAACUACGCCAAUCCCAAGACUUGCUUAUUUCAUGUGCUAUUCAAGGCCUCAGCCUUGGCAUUUUACAUUCUAUCGGCACUCUUUAUUGAUAACUUUGUCAUCAUUUUUGUGGUGACUGUCCUCCUUGCUGCUCUUGAUUUUUGGGUGGUCAAGAAUGUGAGUGGCCGGAUUUUAGUUGGUUUGAGGUGGUGGAAUGAAAUUAAUGAUCUGGGUGAGAGUGUUUGGAAAUUUGAAUGUCUCGACCAUGAGUCAUUGGCUCGGAUGAACAAGAAAGAUUCAUGGCUUUUCUGGUGGACCCUGUACAUUACGGCAGUUGCAUGGAUUGUGCUGGCAAUAUUCUCACUCAUAAGGCUUCAAGCUGAUUAUCUGCUUGUUGUAGGAGUUUGUCUGACCCUCAGCAUUGCAAAUAUUGUUGGUUUUACCAAGUGCAAAAAAGAUGCCAAGAAGCAGAUUCAACAAUUUGCCUCUCAGACAAUUGCCUCUCGGUUCUCGUCUACCCUCCAGUCAGCAUUCAGUGUCGUCUGAUUGUCAAAAAUGGAAAUGCAAGUUGAACCGUGCAUUAUUGAGAUGCGGUGGAAGGUUGUACAUGAUUAUUUCGGCUAGCAUCGGAUUGGAUUCAUUGAACUUGCAUAGUGACUAAUACAACAACUGCAAAAUUUUGUACUUUUUAUAUGAAAUGGCUUGAAUGAGACUUUGACGAUCGAAUUGCAUAGUAGAACAGUUGUUUUUAGUUGUAAAUCUUUUUUUCUUGUAUUCUUUUUGCAUCGAAGGGCUACGAUUCAUAUUAUGUAUGACUGUAUCAAUUGCAACAAAUCUUUACAGCAUAUGAUCAGGAUAUUGACUCA